AUAGGUUUUCCUUUGGAUCAGUCGUGAGACACUGUUUGAUGUGCACACAUUUGCGGUCCGUAUUUUGUAAUAUUGCGAGAGAAAACCUCUCUUUUUACGUUGUACAACGCAAACUUGCGAUAUGGCUGCAGCUUUGAUAGCCUCUUGCCUGUUGAUUGCAGCUUCCUGCCUAUCAUCCGAACUGUUACGCAUCAUCAUUAAUAAAAAUGUCGAGACUCCCUUAUCCAAACUUCUAUGUCUGGAAUUUAUUGCUUCAGCCGAGCUUUGUGCCGUUUGUUUUGAGUUGAUUGUGGUUGCGGAGGAGUACGGAAUUUGGAUGUAUGCCCUGGUUCUGUUUCUUCUUACUCUGUGGUGGGCAGCUCAUUGGGGUGAUGCGUCCGCUUGUCCUUAUAUUCAUCUUGAAGCGUAUCUCGAUGGUUCUAUCCAUUUCAGUCAAGCUUUCCUUGCUUCUUUGGCAGAAAUAGCCGGAGGAUUAGCUAUUUACAAAUACGUACAAUAUACAUGGGAUUUAGAAUUAUCUGGCCACAUAAAUAGAUCAGUCUGGGACUGCGACGCAGACCUACACGUUCCAGCAUUUCAGGGAGCUUUGAUCGAAGGUGUGGCAACUUUUCUGUGUCGAAUUGUGUCAAAGCUUAUCGCUGAGAUUGAACCGCGGUUUGGAGGUGUUCUCGAUGCAUUUAUUGGAACUUCUUUAGUUGUAGCAGCUUGUGACUAUUCUGGUGGAUAUUUCAACCCAGUGUUGGCCACAUCAUUAAAGCUUAACUGUCGCGGUAAUACUGUUGCAGAACACUUUGUCGUCUACUGGAUUGGUUCGAUUGCUGGAUCAGUCGUUUCAUGGCGGGUUUAUCCUUUCAUUAAAGAAAAUCUAUUUCCUAAACCAUCGACAAAUAAAAAAGACCAAUAGAAAAAAAGCAAUGUGUCUCCGGACUGGAAAAAAGUGUAUUUAAUAGAUGAAAAUUGACAGGAAACUAAUAAGGAAUUUUCAAAAAUAAAAAUAAAAAAGAAGUUUAAAUCCCGAAAUUACGACUUUUCGCUUUGGAACUCUUCCGUCAAUAAAUUAUGUCAUGGUCUCUCA